AUGGGGGGGGUCGACCUCCCUUGGGUUUGGGAUCCCACGCAGCGGCUGCGGCGACAGGCCGCGGGGGAGCUCGUGGGGUUCCCGAUCCUCGUCCUCGAGGCCGCCCGUGGGGAGGGGGCGGUGUUUGAGGUCUUUCUCGAUCGCGAGGAGAUGACGUAUCGGGUGGACGACGGCCCCCCCACGCCGCCGGGGAAGGGAGGGGGGGGGGAUUCCACGCCGUAUUACUUCAAUUACGGCGCGACCGGCCUGCUUCGGUGCGACUACGACCUCGCGUCCUGGCGGGCUAUUUUCCAGCACGCCGCCUGUCUGUGGAGUCAGGAUCAUCUCACCAUCACGGCGACUCUUUCGGCGCUGCGAAACGUCCUGGUGGGGCGAUUUCCCGACGAAACCGACGGCGACCGCUGCACGCUGAUCUGGGAAUGGCUGCGCACCCUCACCGCGAUGCCGCACGCGAUGAGUUGCUUUGUCUGGGAUCUCAUCACGACCUGUGUGGAGGAGCUGGUGUACUUGGUUCAAGGGCACGACUGUAGCCAAGCCGUGCAUCAGUUUGUCGAGGACUUGUACGUCCCGCUUCUGGAGCGGCACCAGAUUUCCUUCUUCGCCACGGAGGACCCUCUAAACUUUCAGGCGUUCCAGGAUAUUCCCCGCAGAACGGUCACGAAGAUACUACGUGUUUUGGCGCUGUGUGAGAGCUCGUUUCUGCACGAGGGGGCGACGGAAAUGGGAUUUAGCGUGUUAGACGUUCUCGGGCUGCGAAGCCUUCGGGAAUCGAUGUUCCUCACCACACCCGCUGGCGCGCGGUCCGAGGACGCCGCUGGGGGUGGUGGUCGGGGCGUGGACCUCAAGAACAGCGCCCACGUCUCAUCCGCCGCGAUCGCGUUCUUCUGCUUGGUUUCCCGUGAGCCUGCUCGAUGGUGGAGUUGCGUUACCGGCAUCGUGGCGGCCAUUUGCGGCCUUGAUACCGAACCUCUGCAACUAAACAUGCAGCUUUGCAUUCCGAAAGUUAAGAUUUCAUGUAGUAGCGUCGUUGAGGUGCUUCUAGUCGUCCUACCAGCGUUUUUCUCGAUGAGGGAUGCUCGCGCUUUCCAUUUUAUGUCCGAUGUCCUCAGCAUGUUCUCCUGUUUGUCUGACGCGGUAGCGCAGAUCUUGCUAUGGAAUAGGCAUUUCCUUAUAUUCAUUCUAAGCCAUCGCCACGCCGCGCUGAAGCCUCUUGUUGUGCAAAUUUUGGUUUCGCUCGGUACGAAGCUCUGCAGCGAUCGUCGCGUCGUCACGUUGCUUCAUGCACUUUUGACGUUCCAGAAGGCGGGCAUGGCUCAGUUCGAAUCACUCCAGGCACUACUGCUAGAGGAGAGGAAGGAGGAAACUACAGCAGUGAUGGACGAUCUCAAGGACGCGAGCCCUCUGUCGGCAGAGAUGUUGGAGGAUUUAAGAGCCAUGACCGUGAACUGUUUGUGGAUAGCAUACUCCUGCACACGCAUCGAGCAAUUUUUGCGCAGGAGACCUGGGCGGAGUCCUUAG